AUGCCUCCAGCAACCGCCAGAGCGAAGAAAUCGCCCAGACCGGCAACGGACUAUGAGCGCUGGCUUGGAGACGACGAUCAGACACUCGACUCGGUCCGUCGAUAUGACACGAAUCAAUCAGCGGACGAUCGCCAUGACACCGACAUUACGGUUACCGGCGAGUCGGACUCCCCCGCUCUUGUGCGCAGUAAUCACGAUCAACCCCGGCCGAACACUGAGCCCGGGCCUUUACCAAUACUACCCGACGAUUCCCCUCAAUCAGGCCGCCACUACCCUCGUCCGACGGUCCCCGAUUUCGUCGCGCUCUAUGCAGCGCUCAUAAUAGCCAUUCUCCUCGUCCGGCGGCUUCAUAUAUUCCUCAGGCGAUCGCUAUGGGAGAGGCGAUUGAUAUGUGAGAAAGAGGGGGGAAUAGAAUACACAGACGGGGAGACGAUUGAAGGGAAUUAUAAAGGGCAGCCUGCGACCAACCAAAGUUCUGGGCUCGAUGUACUUAAUUAUUGCUAA